AUGGGGCGAAUUUUGUUGCUAAUUUGUUGUGUUAGCUUAACAGUUGCAUGGCGGCCUUCGAAUGAGUACGAAGGUCUUGAUGUAGUCACGGAUUUUGAAUCCAGAAUAUCUGAUAACCUUCAAGAGGAUGCCCAGCUAGAUGUGGGAGGCCUUUUAAAGAAAUACGGCUACCCUUUCGAACAUCACAAUGUCAUAACUCAAGAUGGGUACAUAUUAGGUCUACACAGAAUACCGCACGGACGGGACCAGAACAACGCUCCUGGCAAACGCCCAGCCGUGCUUGUUAUGCACGGAAUACUAUCCUCCUCUGCUGAUUUUGUUAUUAUGGGACCUGGUACUGCUUUGGCCUAUAUUCUCGCGGAAGCCGGCUUCGAUGUUUGGCUAGGGAACGCACGAGGCAAUUAUUUUUCCCGCCAGCACCUCACAUUAAACCCAAACGAUGGCAAAGGCAGUUUCUGGGACUUUUCGUGGGACCAAAUAGGAAACUUGGAUCUACCAGCAAUGAUUGACUAUGUCUUGGAACAGACUGGACAAACGGCACUGCACUAUAUUGGAAUGUCGCAGGGAACAACAGUUUUCUUUGUGAUGGGAUCUCUCCGUCCUGAAUAUAAUAAGAAGAUUAUCACCAUGCAGGCCUUGGCUCCCGUUGCAUAUUUAGCUCAUAAUAAGCAUUCACUGUUCUUGACAUUGGCACCUCAUAGAAAGGCUAUAGAGGCGAUCCUUGGAGAAUUGGGUCUAAAAGAGUUAUUUCCAAGGAGUCCUAUAAUCACAUGGGCUGGAGCCAGGCUGUGCGCUGAUGGAAUGGAAUUUCAGCCAAUAUGCAGCGCUCUACUCUUCACAUUAGUUGGUUUUAAUCCAUCACAACACAAUGCUACCAUGUUUCCCGUGAAGCUUGCUCACGCACCGGCAGGAUGUGCCGUGCGUCAACUAGUCCACUAUGGACAGAAUAUCGUCGAGAAAACCUUCCAGCGGUAUGACCAUGGCUUUUUACGUAACUUGCUGGAAUAUGGAACCGAAACACCACCCAAUUACGAUUUAUCGCAGCUCAAAGCUCCUGUUUACCUGCAUUAUUCCCAACAAGAUCCCUUCGUAAAGUUGGAAGACAUGGAACGAUUGUACAGGGAAUUGGGAGGACCAGUUACCAAGGUUUUGGUGCCUGAACCUACAUUCAGUCACAUCGAUUUCAUGUGGGGCGUGCAUGCCAAGGAUCUUGUUUUUGAUAAGGCAAUUGAUAUUAUGAAAUCCUAUGAUAAUUAUGAUAAUAAAUGA